UCACUGUCUCCGCCUAGGACUCUGGCCAGAUCUCUGAUCACAUAUCUCUUCAUAUAAACCCGCAUUCGUCCUCUAUCACUCUCAAAACGAAUCCCAGACAUCACACAUCUCUCAACAAUGUCUCAGCCCCACCAGCCCCUCUCGUUCCUCGAUCUCCCCGUCGAGAUCCGGCUCCAAAUCUACCAACACCAUAUAACCUCCUUCUCCUGGGGCCCAGCCCUCCAUAUCAACCUAACAUCUCAAUUCAACCCUCUAUACCCACCCUCUCUGGGCUCCGGACAAUUAACCUACACACCCUGCCUCUCCCCCAACCAAUCUCUCGUCCCCUCACCCCUCACCCGCAUCUCGAACACAAUGGACCUGUUCCGCUACCACACACACUAUGAAACAUGCAAAGGAUGGCAUAUCCGAAACGGGACACCGCCUGCUUUACAAGGGACAUAUCUCUCGAUAUUUCUUGCCUGUCGAACCGUGUAAACCUGCCUCCCCUCGCUUCCAUCAUCAAAUGAAAUCCAACUAACAAACGCACCCAGUCACCAAGAAGCCAUCCACCUUAUCUACGCCCUCCACACCUUCACCACGCACUCCCUACCAACCCUCUACCAAUUCCUCACACUCGUCCCCCACACCUCCCUCUCCCACCUCACAACCCUCAAU